GGAGGCCGGAGGAGUCUUACCCUAAUGUAAGAUGGUGGCCCGUCUGGCUGUGGAACCCACCGAAAGCUGAGAGUCUCUCUCUCUCAGCCGUAAAGGUCGGACUCGCUGAAGCAAUCAGGCCCGGUUCUGAAGAGUUUUUUUCCCCGACGCUCGUUCAGUGGUCUCUUGUGAGGACGCGGCAGCGCGUGGAGUCGACUAAGGGAAAGGCAAGGCAGGCGGGUCUUUGAAGUUCUACAUUUUAGUGUUCAGUGCUGAACUUCCUUCUCCCUUAAAUUAUUAUAAACUUUUGCUGCUGUUCAAUAAACGUAAAGAUGUCUCGCAGUCCUGAUGCGAAGGAAGACCCUGUGGAAUGUCCUCUUUGCAUGGAGCCGUUGGAGAUAGAUGAUAUCAACUUUUUCCCUUGCACCUGUGGCUACCAGAUUUGCCGAUUUUGUUGGCAUCGAAUUCGCACUGAUGAAAAUGGGCUUUGUCCUGCAUGUAGAAAGCCAUAUCCAGAAGACCCAGCAGUUUAUAAACCACUCUCCCAGGAAGAACUGCAAAGGAUAAAGAAUGAGAAAAAACAGAAACAAAAUGAGAGAAAACAGAAAAUAUCAGAAAAUCGCAAACAUUUGGCUAGUGUACGGGUUGUACAGAAAAACCUCGUCUUUGUUGUAGGUCUGUCUCAGCGCCUAGCAGACCCAGAGGUUUUAAAACGACCAGAAUAUUUUGGGAAGUUUGGUAAAAUACAUAAAGUUGUCAUAAAUAAUAGCACAUCAUAUGCAGGCUCACAGGGUCCAAGUGCCAGUGCUUAUGUAACCUAUAUCCGGUCAGAAGAUGCUCUCAGAGCCAUACAGUGUGUCAACAAUGUGGUGGUAGAUGGCAGAACACUUAAGGCAUCUCUAGGUACAACAAAAUACUGCAGUUACUUCUUAAAGAAUAUGCAGUGUCCAAAACCUGACUGCAUGUAUCUACACGAAUUGGGGGAUGAGGCAGCCAGCUUCACAAAAGAGGAAAUGCAGGCGGGUAAACACCAAGAGUAUGAACAGAAGCUACUUCAAGAAUUAUAUAAAUUAAACCCCAAUUUUCUUCAACUAUCUACGGGUUCAGUUGAUAAGAAUAAGAACAAAGUGACGCCACUGCAGAGGUAUGAUACCCCCAUCGACAAACCUUCAGAUUCUCUCAGUAUAGGCAAUGGUGAUAAUUCCCAGCAGAUAUCUAACAGUGAUACGCCCUCACCACCACCUGGUUUAUCCAAAUCCAAUCCAGUCCUCCCCAUCAGUUCAUCCAAUCACAGUGCACGGUCUCCUUUUGAAGGGGCAGUAACUGAGUCACAGUCGUUAUUCUCAGACAACUUCCGCCAUCCCAACCCGAUCCCCAGUGGGCUUCCUCCUUUCCCCAGCUCCCCACAGACAUCCAGUGACUGGCCUACAGCACCAGAGCCGCAGAGCCUCUUCACAUCGGAAACAAUCCCAGUAUCAUCCUCUACAGACUGGCAAGCAGCGUUUGGCUUUGGCUCUUCUAAACAACCAGAGGAUGACUUGGGUUUUGAUCCCUUUGAUGUCACUCGAAAAGCCUUAGCAGACCUGAUUGAAAAGGAACUAUCAGUCCAAGACCAGCCUUCCCUUUCGCCCACAUCUCUUCAGAACUCCUCUUCACACACUACAACCACCAAAGGUCCGGGCUCUGGAUUCCUGCAUCCCGCUGCACCUGCAAACGCCAACUCUCUCAAUAGUACCUUUUCAGUCUUGCCACAAAGGUUCCCUCAAUUUCAGCAGCACCGAGCGGUUUAUAAUUCAUUCAAUUUCCCAGGCCAGGCAGCCCGCUAUCCUUGGAUGGCCUUUCCACGCAAUAGCAUCAUGCACUUGAACCACACAGCAAACCCCACCUCAAAUAGUAAUUUCUUGGACUUGAAUCUCCCGCCACAGCACAACACAGGUCUGGGAGGGAUUCCUAUAGCAGGGGAAGAAGAGGUGAAGGUUUCGACCAUGCCACUGUCAGCCUCUUCCCAUUCAUUACAACAAGGACAGCAGCCUACAAGUCUCCACACUACUGUGGCCUGACAACAGACAGAGGAGAGGAUUAGACUCUGGGGUGCUUGCAUGGGCAACCGGAUUUUUGCAUGAUUCCUUUCUGAUUUUGCAUUUAAUGUAUACACCCAGAAGAGCCAAUAUAAACGUUCCUCAUGCCUACAACUAGAGUGUUACCUCAUAGUUGCUGAAGCAUUUCUUCAUUAGGCCUUUAACACAAGUUAUUAGCAUAAUCAUUUUAGCAUUGUUUCUCAUGAGUGAUACUAUUUUUAACUCACACAAAUAAACUUGUAGUACUAAUUAAGAUCCCGGAUGUGAUUAGCUAGACUUGUUCUUAUUUUGGCUCUAUUAUUGAAAAUAUAUAAGGGUAAUGGUAGUUCCUUGUUUUCUGAUUUGUAAAAAUAUGGUAAUAUCAUAAUAUACUCAUGCAAACUUUGACAAUUAAGAAGAUAAUGUCUACUGCAUUCUUUGAAUACUUGAGAAGAAAGAAUACGUAUAAAACAAACUUGGUGGUGUCAUUUAAUGCUCAGAAGGAUGUUGUCAGCAAUUGUUUUCAGUUGUAUGGAUUUAUAUCCUAUAUUAUGCCUUACAUGUCUAGAAACUGUUUUUGUUCUCUCUCAUUUGCACAUUUGCACUUUCUUUUUGAAUGGUUGUUAAUUAUAUAGACAGUUAAAAGAUAAUUAUUAUAGACUAAAUGCAAUAUGAUCUCUUUUCUAAUGCACUGCCUAGUAUACCAGGAAAUGCCUCAGAAACAGACUUUCAAAGUACAGUUGAUUUGUCAGAAACUUGAAGAUGGGGUAAACAUCAUAUGUGAGAAGCAACCAUAGUGGUGCAACAUUUUUAUUGAACAAACAGUAGUUCUGUGGGAUAUCUGUUGGGAAAUUUCAUUGUUUAAUAAUUGAAAUGUGACAAUAAAACAACAUUACAAGUACCUGAUGAGAAUCAGACUAAGGUGGAAGAGAAGAGAUUGGGGACCUUCUAAAAGUAGGCCGUGUAAGUUGUCAGACCUAAUUUUAGUUAUCUCAGAAAAUAGUGGAGUACUUUAUUAGGACAUGAUGUGAAGUGAUAUUUUUGGGUAAUACACAAUUUCGUGAAAUAGUUUUAAAACUGAAAAUGUAAUAAAAUAAACUUAAUUCAAUCUGAGUGGUGGACAAAAGCUGAUUCAGAAAACAUGACCAUAUUCUACCUAAAUUAAGCAUGUGGGAAGAAAGGGGAAAGUCAGAGCUCCCCUUGAUUUUUGAAACACAAUUGUGAUAAAAGAUUUGCUUUAAUUUGUUAAAAAUAUCAAAAAGGUAAUGUAAACAACAAAGAAGGAAGCCUAGAGAUUUAACAUAAUAAUAAACCACCUUAUUAGGAGAUGAUACUUAAUAUCAUGUUACAGUUGGAGUUUCCAGGGUUAUCGCUGUAUAUAAAGUCUAAUUACUUUGUAUUAGAUGUAAUAAACCAAAUUAAAUGGCUUUGUCCUGAGGUAUAGCAGGGUAAACUAAAAUCUACUCUUAGAUGUCCUUAGAUUUGGUGGACUGACUGUAGAAACAGCUAGUAAACUAGCCAUUUAAAUUAUUUUUGUGAAAUUCUGCAUAAAUGACAAUCUCUGGUUUCUAUUUAGAAGUGACUUUAGGAUAGCAUUAAAAAAACGUUUAGAAAAGACAAAUAAAAUGUUGUAGACUUAUUAGACAGAAGCCCUUUUUCAUGGGUUAGUUAUGGUUUCAUUUUUACUGUAAGACCAAGACAUCCACUUAAUGUCUCCGGGGUGCUAAGGCUCCUGGGUUUUGUUGACAAACUCAAGGUCUCUGUAAUGAGGCUUAGGAGCCCAUAGCUUUCUCCAGCCUUCAGUGCAAGACUUUCAUCGCCUGGAUCUUCUUACGAAGAUGUGAGAGGUGGUUAGCUUCCGUUUACUUACUUCUCUGCAAUGAGAGAUAAACAGCUGUUAAACGAGGCUUCUUUCCUGUGGUAGCUUUCUCAUUCCUUUCUCAGUUUUAGCCAGUGCCCCAAAACUGCCAAGAUUGUUUGUCCAGACUUGCUAGAGCCCAGAACUGUCUCCCUGCCAGCUUCUCCCUCCCCACUUUCAUACACACCACACACGAGGAAAAUGCUUCUUGGGCAAUUAAGCUUCAACUUAUGUAUUUUCACAUAGAUGAGCUAAAGUUUGUCCUGUAAGUAACUUCAUAAUUCUGAGACCUUAUAAGCCUGAGAAUAAUGAGCCUCAUCAUUUUGCUUACUGAAUAUUUCAUAUAGUAUGGUUUUUUAAAAAAGUAGAGUCUUAAAAUCAUAGUCAUAAUUAAUUAUACUAAGGUAAAGAAGAAAUUACACAACAUGUAAAAGAAAGUACUGCUUCAGAAGCAAGCACAUUGAUCAAAUGAAGUGAUAGUAAAGAAUGGGAAAUUCUUAAAAGCUUCAAAUUAGUUUUUGAUAAAUUCCUGCGUCAUUGGUCAGACAUCCUGCAUGAUGCACAAGGGAAACUUUAUAUGCUUUCUCAUCUUUAACCUUUAAAAAGUGACUAGUCUGUUGCUUAAGUCAGGAAUUUUUAACCUGGAGUCUAGAACUCUUGGAUGUACUUGUAGAGUUAUGAGGUUGUGCAUGUACAGCUGUCCAGUUUUUCCUGGGGAGAAGAUCCAUAGUUACUAGAUUUGUAAAGGGUUUGGUGAAACCCCCUAAGAAAAUAAAAGUUAAGAACUGCUACUUUGAAAUGCUUUUAGUGCCACUGUGGGAAAUAGAGACCUAGACGGAAUGAUUUUAGUCAUAUGAUGAAUGUCAAGUGCUGCUUUAUUUUUUAAUACCAUUCGAAAUUAUUUUCUGAUUAAUGAUACUUUCCUUUUCAUUCUACUUUUGCGUUUUGUUUUUCCAGGUGGUGCUUUUGUAUAUUCUCCCCUUAUUUCAACAAAGCAUUAAUUAAAUAUUUUAGUGCCUAAUCUCUGUUGUGACCUGAGCUAGGUCUUGAAGGAUAUAAAUUUGAAUAAAGUACAGACCCAUCACCAAGGAUAACAAUGUAGUCACAAUUUUAUUUGAAAUUAUUUCUAUAAGGUCAGCUCUUGAUAUAUUUUAACCAUAAGAACAGCCAUAGCAGUUCAGACUCAUUUCAUUAUUCAUCGCUCUGACAGUGGCAACAAAGGGUAUUAAAUACCGAUACUUGAAAUUUUUUAAUGUAUUAUAAUUUGAGGGAGCGAAAAAAAUCUUAAUAGGGAAGACAUACCUUCAUUGGUCUAAUUUAAGUAUUUCUCAGUCGUAUGUGUACGCUCGUGUCUCCUACGCUUUAGGUAAUGUCCUGGGAAUUAAGUAGAACAUUCUCUAUGUAUAUGUUCUUUUAAAGAAAACAACUUUAAUACAUUGUGUCUGUGCACAUUUUUACUGACGUGGCUCCUAUUUGUAUGGUAUUCUAAGCACCUUCCAAACUGCUGGAGCUCUCUUCUGGUAUGACACAGAUCAAUAGGAAGCUACUUCCACAGAGGCUUUUCUUCUUAAAGCCAGGAGAAGGAAAUGAAUUGCAAGUGCAUUGAAAUCUUACAAAAUGAAGACCAGCAUGUUAUUUAUGAAUACGGAAAACCUGGGGGACAUUUUAUCCUCUGUUGAGUUGUAAGGUUUUGGAUUCUUUUAUUUCUUUGAUCACGAAGUUUGCCCACAUCUGCUUAGUUGGCUCUAAGAUAUGGAUAUCAAACACUGGAAACCAAAAUAAUUGUAAAAAAAUUUUGAAGAUGUGAUAGCCCAAAACAAUGAUAUAUACGUUGUUUUCUACAAAAUAUAAUCAAAAUCAAGCUAGCGUCAAACUAUCUGGUGUCAAGCCAGUCUUUCUGCCCUUAGUGUUGUGUCUCUCUCCUCUCAGCCUUUUUAUCUGAAUGAAUGCCUAUUAUGUUGUCUCCUUGUUCUGUGCUGAAUAAAUGACAGUAAUAUAUGCAAGUAUUCACACGUGAAAUGUUUAAUGAACUAAUCAGACACUAUACUGAUACAAAAGUAAAAAUGGGAGUUAGAGAAAGAAGGUUUUGUGAGCUGAUUCAGAGAAAAGUUUCCUAAAAAAUCUCAGGCUGUUUGAUUUUGAAGGAUGGCUGAAAUUUAGAUGAUGGAAGAGGAAAAUACAGUAAAGGGAACAGAUUGAACCAAAAAGCAGAGACAGUUUUAUUUCAGAUUAUUUCUAUAAAGUCAGCUCUUGAUAUAUUUUAACCAUGGGAACCACAAGAUUAGCAGGGUCUGUAGGGGCUGGGAGGAAAGGACGGUGAGGACAUGGACUUGUCUGAAGUAUACAGGUCAUAUAGGAAGGUGGGUAAGUGUGCAAAAGCUUUGAAAACU